AUGCGAUUAUUGCGACUGGCGAUCCGGAAUUAUGUGAGUCAUGCGAGAGUGGCGACGCAUCCAGGUGUCUCUUUUGUGCCUGCCAGAACCUAUUGUUUGGAAAAAAGGCGCGCGGAACCCUCAAAACAGGACUGGAAUCAAGCUGUGAGUGACGCAGAAAAAAUCGUUGGUUAUCCGACGUCUUUUUUGAGUCUCCGAUGGUUAUUGAGUGACGAAAUUGCGAAUGUAGCACUUCAACUGCGAGAAUUGGUCGGAAGUAAUCAUCCGUUGUUGAAAACAGCAAAAAGUCUCAUCUAUAACGGGAAAACGAAUGUGCAGGCAUGGGGUUUGAUUGUGUUGUUAGUGUCGAAAGCAGCAGGUUACGGACCAAAUAUCGAGGUUUUGGAUGAAGAUACGAGCUCGGGAGUGCUGCAUUCGCAACGGGCAUUGGCGGAAGUGACAGAAAUGAUUCGGACGUCGUAUUUGGUGCAUCAGGGCUUGAUUAAUUUGCAAAAAUUGGAGAAUGCUGGUAAUGAGUUGCCGAACGAGAGUGACAUGAUCAGAGGAAAUAAAAUUGCUCUCUUGUGCGGGGAUUAUUUGUUGGGAAGUGCGUCACAGGAAAUCGCUAAAUUGAGAAAUCAAGAACUGAACCAACUCAUCUCAUCCUCCUUCCGUGACCUGUCAGAAGCGAAUUUCAUCGGCGAACGUGACGACCAAAACAAUCCUCUUCCCUCAGAUCCGCGUCUCAAGUCACCCGAAAGCGAAACCAACAUGGAAGAAGUCGACUCCAUGGACAUUGACAACUUGAAAGCCAUGGACAUGAAAGGCGUCAUGGGAAAUCCCGAGAAAGAGUGGGCAGUUCGUCACAUUUUGAGUGCCGGAAGUCUCUUGGGCAAAAGUUGUCAAGGCGCCUUAAAACUCGCCGGCUUGGACGAAGACUUACAGAAGCAAGGCUACCUCUUUGGCAAAAAUCUCGCUCUGGCAUGGCAAGCUUGCAUCGAUUUGGAGCCAUUCAAGUUCACGACAAUCCCGUCGGGAGCGCAAUUUAGUCUCGUAAGUGCGCCCGUUUUGUUCCAUCUGGAAUACGAUCCGUCGCUCUACGAGGAAAUCAAGAAGGGCAAGAAAACUGUCGACGACAUCAACUUUGCGCACAUCCACAGCGAGAUCCUCAAGGGGCCCGGCUUGGAGAAAACGCGAAAUUUGGCACGAAAACACUGCGAACAAGCGAUGAAAGUACUCAACCAACUCAAACCGUCCGAUGCGCGAACCGCCCUGCAAAAUAUCAUUUUAGCGAUGCAAGAUAUUUAA